AUGAAUUCCUCGUCUCUCGGCUUUCUUAAUGUGUCGAUUGUUGGGAGAAGUCGAGACUCCUUCAGUACGGCUGUGGCUAAAAAUGUGAUUGUCGUGGCUCUGGGUCUCAUCAUCAACUACAUCAACGGUACUCUGAUACACACCUUCAGGAAACACCAGAUAUUCUACAUCAACCCCCGCUACAUCCUCUUCAUCCACCUGGUGGUGAACGACAUGAUCCAGCUGACCUCCACCAUCAGCCUGUUCGUCUUCAGCUACGUCUUCUACAAAAUCAAUGUGUCUUUAUGCUGCUUCAUCAUCCUCUGCUCUGUCUUCACCACACUCAACACCCCGAUAAAUCUGGCCGUGAUGGCGGUGGAGUGCUUCAUCGCUAUCUGUCUACCUCUGAGGCACGCUGAGCUAUGCACCAUUCAAAGGAUUUACAUUCUGAUUGGUUGGAUGUGGACUUUGAGUGCGGUCGUAACGAUGCCAGAUGUGUUUAUUAUUCUGGCUACAGAGCCCAUAGAGCUGUUUUACUCCACCAUUGUCUGUAGUAAGGACAACCUGUUCCGACACCCUGUGAUCCUUGAAAAGCGGGAUGUCUCCUACAUAAUAUACCUGAUCUUUGUCUGGCUCACUCUCCUUUUCACUUACUUUAAGAUCUUUCUAGCUGCUGAAUCGGCUAAAUCGGGUAACGGAGAUGCAAAGAAAGCCAGAAAUACAAUCCUGCUCCAUGGCUUUCAGCUGCUGCUGUGCAUGCUAACGUACGUCUCACAUACGAUUAACAAGGCUCUGUACAACUGGUUCCCUCAACACUUUACACAUUCUCUCUUCAUGAGUUAUAUCAUCGUGCAGAUCCUCCCCAGGUUUGUCAGUCCCAUCGUGUACGGGCUGCGAGACACGACGUUUAGGCAGCAUUUGAAAAAGUAUCAGUUGUGUUCAAUUACAAAAAGCAAGCCUCAAACCAUGGCCUGA